AUGGACUGCACUGGAAUCAGAUAGCUGAAUAUCUAAGCCAGUGAGCCUCAAAUGUGGACCGACAGACCCAGAGUGCGGCGCCAGCAGCAAAGACUCAGUGACAGCGCCGUUGGCAUGGAUUUCUCUGACCAGAGAGACAUGGCCAAACAGCCGGCCAGCGCUCCUACCGGCUACAUCCCGACGCAGCAGCCCGACGGAGCUGCGGGACUUACAGCAAACAAACCGGACAACACGGCUCCGUGCCCGCCGGCUGCCCCUCACCAUCACCCGGCGCCUCAGCCGCCAGCUCCGUGCAAUGAGAGCAAAACUUUUUGUCCCACGGAAAAUAAACCGGGAGAACUGGACAGCAAUAAAGCGUAUGGGACGUUUAAAAGCACCCCGCCGGCCGUCCCUGGAUCCGUGGCCGUCAACUCGGCCUUCAGGAAGGAUUCCGCCGGUUCGGCCCGCGGGGGGUCCGUCCAGUACGGCGACCCGCUCCGGGCCACCGCGGAGCAGAACAACACCGCGGGCAACUGGACGGCUAUGAGUCAGACCACCAUCAUACUGGGAACAGAUGGGAACACGUCUGUUCAGCCCGGCACCGUGACGGGGACUGAAGAUGAUGACGAAGAGGGAGAUGAGAAUAAGGCCAGAGGAAACUGGUCCAAUAAACUGGAUUUUAUUCUGUCCAUGGUUGGCUAUGCGGUGGGACUGGGGAACGUGUGGAGGUUCCCUUAUCUUGCCUUCCAAAAUGGUGGAGGAGCUUUUUUGAUCCCCUACCUGACAAUGUUGGGCAUUGCCGGGAUCCCGAUCUUUUUACUGGAGGUGUCCCUGGGCCAGUUUGCCAGCCAGGGGCCCGUGUCAGUGUGGAAAUGCAUCCCAGCUCUGCAAGGUUGCGGGAUUGCCAUGUUGAUAAUAUCUGUCUUGAUAGCCAUAUACUAUAAUAUUAUAAUGUGCUGGACACUGUACUACCUGUUCGCUUCGUUGAAGGGCUCACUGCCAUGGGCUAACUGUAGGAAUGAGUGGAACACGGUGGAAUGUAAGGACAAAGACAUGCUGCUGUUAGACACGUGCAUCCUGCGGGACAGAAACAUUACCUCCAUCAAGAACUCCACUUUCUGUCUGUCCGCAAACGCUGUGGGAAACCUGACCAAACUGAUAAACAUGACUGUGGACAGCAACAAGACCUACGUCAGCCCCAGUGAGGAGUACUUCAAGUACAAUGUGUUGCACAUCUCUAAAGGAAUUGAAUAUCCAGGAGACAUCCGCUGGCCUCUGGCAGGCUGUCUGCUCCUGGCCUGGCUCAUCGUUUAUGCCUCUUUGGCCAAAGGAAUCAAGUCUUCAGGAAAGGUGGUUUAUUUCACAGCCACAUUUCCCUACGUGGUGCUGAUCAUCCUGCUGAUCAGAGGAGUGACACUCCCCGGUGCCUUUGACGGGAUCCUCUAUUUUAUCACACCAAAGUGGGAGAAACUGAACGAUGCAAAGGUGUGGAAAGACGCAGCCACUCAGAUCUUCUUCUCUCUGUCGGCUGCUUGGGGAGGCCUCAUCACUCUCUCUUCUUACAAUAAGUUCCACAACAACUGCUACAGGGAUACUGUUAUUGUGACAUGUACAAACAGUGCCACCAGUAUAUUUGCUGGGUUUGUCAUCUUCUCGGUCAUUGGUUUCAUGGCACAUGAGUUGAAAGUGCCGAUAGAGAAGGUGGCGGAUGAAGGUCCAGGCAUAGCGUUCGUGGUGUAUCCAGAGGCUCUGACCAGACUCCCCCUCUCUCCUUUCUGGGCCAUCAUCUUCUUCCUCAUGCUCCUGACUCUUGGCCUGGAUACCAUGUUUGCCACCAUUGAGACCAUCGUGACCUCUGUGUCGGACGAGUUCCCCAAAUACUUGAGGAAACACAAGCCGCUCUUCACGCUGGUCUGCUGCAUCUCCUUCUUCAUCCUGGGGUUUCCCAUGAUCACAGAGAGUGGGAUGUUCAUGCUGCAGCUGGUGGACACAUUCGCAGCCUCCUACUCUUUGGUCAUCAUUGCUAUCUUCGAGCUGGUGGGGAUUUCCUACCUUUACGGUCUGCAGAGGUUUUGCGAGGACAUUGAAAUGAUGAUUGGUUUCCAGCCAAACCGAUUCUGGAGACUCUGCUGGGCCUUUGUGACUCCAACCAUCCUGACGGGCAUCCUGGGACUGAGUCUGUACCAGUGGAAGGUGAUGACGUACGAGGACUACACCUACCCCACCUGGUCCAUGGUUCUGGGCUGGCUCAUGGUCAUCUGCUCCGUCAUCUGGAUCCCCAUCAUGUUCGUCAUUAAGAUGCACCUCGCCCCCGGCACCCUAAUCGAGCGUCUGAAGCUGGUCUGCUCCCCUCAGCCUGACUGGGGUCCUUUCCUGAUGAAGCACCGUGGAGAACGCUACAAGAACAUGAUCGACCCCCUGGGAACCAACUCCCUGGGCCUCAAACUGCCCCCCAAGGACUUCCAGCUCGGAUCCUACCAGUAGCAGCCUCUCUGGCAGCCCCGC